AGGCAAUGCCUUUCAACCAUUUUCUUCCUUUUCUGGUCUUCACUGAGAAGACAUCGACACGUGUUGUCAGAGAUUCAAGUCUUGAACCAUCAAAAUGACCACAGCCGCGUAUCGGCCUUUGGUUAGUGUCUACACCGAUAAGAGCGAGAGUUCUGGUGUUUCGGUGAAACUUCCGGCGGUCUUCAGAGCACCCAUUCGUACGGAUGUCGUGAACUUCGUGCACACAAACGUCCGCAAGAAUAAGAGACAUCCAUAUGCUGUCUCUCGGGAGGCCGGCCAUCAGACGAGUGCCGAGUCCUGGGGAACGGGUCGAGCCGUGGCUCGUAUUCCUCGAGUCCGAGGCGGCGGUACUCACCGUUCAGGUCAGGGAGCCUUCGGUAAUAUGUGUCGCGGCGGACGUAUGUUCGCACCGACGCGCACGUGGAGACGUUGGCACCGAAGGGUGAACCGCAAUCAGCGCCGGUAUGCUAUUGUCUCGGCUAUUGCUGCGUCGGGCAUCCCAUCAGUGGUUAUGAGCAAAGGUCAUCUGAUCGAAGAAGUGCCGGAAUUCCCGUUAGUGGUGUCCGAUAAGAUCCAGGAGUACAAUAAGACCAAACAAGCCGUUCAGUUCUUGAGGAGUAUUAAGGCCUGGAAUGACAUCGAAAAGGUCUAUAAGUCGAAGCGAUUGAGAGCCGGAAAGGGAAAGAUGAGAGACAGACGUCGCGUC